CUUAUUUAUGCUAUCGAUCAGUUAUUCUCAUUAUUACUUAUAAGUUAUUAAACAUUUUACUUGGACAUAAACACCACAUACGCGUCAACAAUUAUUACAAAAAAUAUAAUUUCAUAAAAGCAACUAACUGUAAUAUUCAAUUAGACAACAUGCUCACGAGACCACAAGACCACCUCAAUAAUUUUAAUCAUGGACUCAAUUUAAUAAUAUAAAAUUAAUAGUUUAUGUAAAUAUAUUUGUUCGAAUUUAAGUUAAUAUUUAUUGGAUUUUUGUUUUUGACUAUAAAAACAAAAAAAACCAAAUGUUAAAUAAAGGAGUCUUGAGGCAAUUUUUGGCUGUAUUAGCAGGGUCGAUGUCCAUGAUGAACGCUGGCAUCACGGGGGGUUGGCCGUCACCGAUCAUGCAGGAGAUGUUGGGACCGAACAGCCCGAUCCCGAUGACGGUGGAACAGGGCUCGUGGUUCGCGUCGAUCGUCAGCUUGGCGCUGAUCCUGGGACCGAUACCGUGCGGCAUAAUGGCAGACCGGUGGGGCCGUAGGCCCGUCCUACAGAUCGUCGGGCCGUUGUCGUUGGCCACGUGGACAGCGGUGCUGUACGUGACCACGUUCCCGGAGCUAAUCAUGGUGCGGUUCGCGCAGGGUCUGUUGGCGGCCUGCGCGUACACGGUUCUGCCGGUGUACGCGAGCGAGAUCGCUGGGCCGGAAAUCCGAGGUGCGCUGGGAACCAUGUACCAGAUAAUGAUGAACGCGGGCAUACUGUACGUGUUCGCGGCCGGCGUGUACCUGGACUACGCGCGGUUGACGUACGCAAUGAUGGCGGGCCCGUUGCUGUCGUGCGUGCUGAUGGCCACGUUGCUGCCGGAAUCGCCGCACUUCUACGUGAUGGCGAACAAGCUGCCGCAGGCCAAGCGCACAAUGGUUUGGCUGCGCGGCGACGACACCGACAGCUCGCUGGACGACGACAUGAACGCCGUGGUCGAGUGCAUUACCAAUGAGAUGCGCGGCGCGUCGUACGCGGACCUGUUCACCGACUGGGUGGCCGUCAAGAUGCUGAUCGUCGGGCUGUGCCUGUCCGUGUUCCGGAUCGGGGCCGGCGUGGCCGCGAUCUGCACGUACGCGUCCAUCACGUUCGCCGAGACGCACAUGCACGUGCCCGCCAAUCAGCUGUCGCUGGUGUUCGCGUGCUCGCUGCUGCUGUCCACGCUGCCGGCCACCGUGCUAUCCGACCGGGUGGGCCGCCGGCCGCUGAUGAUCACGUCAAGCGCGUUGUGCUUCGCGCUGAACGCGAUCAUAUGCGCGUACUUCUACGCAGACCGGCACACCGGGUACGACGUGACCACGUACGGGUGGCUGUGCGUGACCGCCACGGGCGUGCUGUGCUUCACGUUCAACCUGGGCUACGGCACGCUCUACUCGACCAUCAUCUGCGAGCUGUUCCCGGCCAACACCCGGUCCGCGUCCAACGCCAUCAACACCAUCGUGCUGACCACCGCGUGUUUCCUGUCCGUCAAGGUGUUCCCCGUUAUCGCCGAGGAUGGCGGCAUGUACCGUAACUUUUUCGUAUUCGCGGCGUUCAGCCUGUCCUCGACAGCGUUCUGUUGGCUGUGGCUGCCCGAGACCAAGGGCAAGACGCACGCCGCCAUACAACGGCAGCUCCGAGGAACCGACCGCGUUGUCUGAACGGAACAUCGGUCCUCCGCACCACGGCCUCAUCAAGCGCCUCGUCAAGAUCGGCAACAACGCCGAACGCCGACCGGAAUCGAGUGGGGCCGAAUAUCGGUUUUCGGACGAACAACGAAUCGAAGUUCAACAAAAUUUUGAUUUGAACGUGAUUAUUUUUUCACAAAAGUUUUUUUUUUUUUAAGACAAAUUAUUAAUAUUCCUCCCCCUCCCCACCACAAAACGUUGUUCCCCAUAUUUAUUAAACUGUAAAGUACGUGUACACGAUUAUUCACCGGAAAAGGAACAAUUAUAUUAAAACGCUUAAGUUUCAAGUUUGUUCUUAAGACGCGAAUGCAUGUUUCACUUGUGCCAGCGUAAGACAUUUAAAAUGUAUUAUUUAUUUUCUUUUGUUAGUUUUCAUACAUAUGUGUAACGUAGUAUACGUUUUUUAUAAAUUAUGUUAUCGCACCUAUGCGUUGCGUUAAAUCAUACAAAAAAUAUGUUACGAUUUUGUAAUGAAUAAUUUUAAAAGCUUAA